AUGAUAGAAGGGAAGCAUGAGCAGAGAAAUAUUCUACUGGAGAUGAAGCGCGAAGAUAAUGAAGGGUCUCAGUGGAGUUUUUUGUCAUUACAAAAUUUGGAAGAAAGAAAUAACGAGUCAUUUGUCAUUCUAGCUAUUGCACGUGCAACUCACAUGCUCAAGGGUGCUUCAAGACAUAACUCAUCUGGUGUUGGUGGCUCUUCUAACCCAUCCUCUCAGACUCCUAUACAAUCUAGUCCAAAUUCGCAAUAUUCGGAUUUUGCCAACCCUCAUGGAUUAGAUGCUAUCGACCUCAAUGAUGAUAUUGAAGAUCGGAGGCAAGAUAGUAUUCAACACUGGCAUUGGAAAGAGGAUGAGAUGUUGAUCAGUGGGGUAGUUGCAUGUAAGAAACGAUGGUAUAAGAUCAACAAGGCUGUGGCACAAUUUGCUGGUUGCUACGAUCAAGCUAGUCGAAACAUAAGGAGUGGUUCGAACGCUGAUGAUAUAAAGGAGUUGGCUUAUAAACUUUAUUCCACACAUUAUGGUCAAAAAUUCACUUUUGAGAGGCAUUGGAACAUGCUUCGGCUGGAGCAAAAAUGGAGAAGUCAACUACCUACACAGAGUGGCGGCUCAAAGAGAACCAAGGUUAGUGCAACUGGAGCAUACUCAUCCUCAUCAAACCCAGAAACACCGUUGGCUGAUGAACCCGGUGUGGACUCUCCCGUUCGCCCACAAGGAUCAAAGAAGAGCAAGCGAAAAGGUAAGGGAAAAGCACAGAUGUCUGAAGAUUUUAGUGAAAGAAAAUCAUCGGUUGUCAAAAAAUUAUCUCUCAUGGAAGAUAUUAAGAAUGUUAGAGAAAAAGAACUACUGGAAAGGGAAAAAGAAAGAGAAGAGGAGAAGGAACAUAGAGCAAAGAUGUUGGCAAUCAAAGAGAAGGAGUUACAAUUUCAAGCGGCAAUGAAAGAACAAGAAUUACAAACUCAGAGGUAUAUUAAAGAAAUGGAGAUAAAAGCAAAAGAAAGGGAAAUGGAAAGGAUGGCCAAAGAAAGGGAAAGGGAGAUGGAUAUGCAAAUACUUAAUGCUGACACGUCUACAAUGAAAGAAGAAGAUACCGAUAGAAGCUCUAUCCCAAUUACUCGUAGAUGGAUCAACAGAGAUCGAGAAGCAGGACAUGAUCGCCUUUUCCAAGAUUACUUUGCAGAUGAUCCGGUGUAUCAUGCUGACAUUUUUCGACGGAGAUUUCGAAUGAGAAGACAUGUGUUCCUUCGGAUAGUAGACGCUCUCUCAAACGUCUAUCCUUAUUUCCAACAGAGGGUUGAUGCAACUGGAAGAAGAGGCUUGUCGCCACUGCAGAAAUGUACUGCUGUGAUACGGAUGUUAGCAUAUGGCGUAGCAGCUGAUGUUGUUGAUGAUUAUGUGCGCAUAGGCGAGAGCACUACAAUUGAAUGCUUGGAAAAAUUUGUUGAAGGUGUCAUUUCGGUGUUCGAGGAUGAAUACUUGCGAAAACCAAAUCCAAAUGACGUACAACGCCUACUACAAAUGGCAGAGGGUCGUGACUUCCCUGACAUGUUGGGUAGCAUUGACUGCAUGCAUUGGCAAUGGAAAAAUUAUCCAAAGGCGUGGAAAGGUAUGUACAUGAGUGGUUAUCGUGGGGUUGCAACCAUAGUACUUGAAGUUGUAGCAUCUUCAGACCUUUGGAUAUGGCAUGCAUUCUUUGGAGUUUCUGGUUCAAAUAACGAUAUCAACGUGUUAGAUCGUUCUCCCGUGUUUGAUGACAUUCUAAAUUAUCGUACUCCAGAGGUAAAUUAUACUAUUAAUGGUAAUAAUUAUACAAUGGGAUACUACUUAGCAGAUGAUAUUUAUCCUGAAUGGGCCACAUUUGUCAAAUCAAUCUCAAAGCCACAAGGGGAGAAACGCAAGUUAUUUGCACAAUACCAAGAAGGGCAAAGAAAAUAUGUGGAACGAGCAUUCGGAGUGUUGCAAGCACGCUUUGCAAUUAUACGUGGUCCAGCUCGUUUUUGGGAAAAGAAGAAGCUUGCCAACAUAAUGAGAGCUUGUAUUAUAUUGCAUAAUAUGAUUGUUGAGGAUGAAAGAGACACUUAUGCAGGAAAUUUUGCUCAAGGCUUAGAGUAUGAUGAUGUUGAAAAUGGCUUAUCACAACCUCAGUUGGGAGAAGAAGAUUUUGCACCAUACCAUCAAUUUCUCCAAAGAAAUGCCCAACUUCGAAAUAGGCAGCAGCAUAGACAAUUGAAAGAGGACUUGAUUGAACACAUAUGGCAAUUUCACAAUGCUUGUCGUCAACUGUAGAAUUUAAUUAUAUUUUUUUUGUAUUAAGUAAUUUUACAAAUUAGUGUA